GCUGGUAGAGGGAUCUGUGGGCCAAUGGAGGGUCAGGAUUGGGGUCCUGCUGGGGAGACCAUUUAGUCCUCUGGCUCCAGGGUAUGGGGGGAGGUCGAGUGGGCAAACACAGGGGAGGCAGGGCAUGGUCCAGCGCUCACAGGUGCUAGGGAGGCUCAUGCACCACACUGGGAAAAGGUAGGGAAGUCUAGCAGGGAUGGGCUGGGGGUGCCGGGGCUGCUACUGGCUGAAAGUCAUUUUAGGGAAAUUUAUUGGGUGAGCAAGCUCUGGGCCUCCCUCCCCAUCUCCUGCUACUGAAAAGUCAGGUCUUGCUCUAUAAAAUGGGGGAGAGGGGUGGACAAGUGCAGUCGCAUGCAUGGGUUGGGGGCAUCUGCAGUGUUUCCCCUCACUCAGCCCUUAACUCUGGGUGGGCUCAUUUCUCACAUGGAGUGUCCAGGGCAGGCCCCACCGUCUCCUGGUGGGACUCGGGGUACUGUAUGCCUGUCCAGAUUAGGAGGAGACCACUCCCUCCUUCUUGCUCUUCUGUUACCCAUGGGUCAUGGGCUGGGGCUUGUGGCAGGCAGGCAAUCUAGGCAUCCAUGUGUCUCGGGGCUAAGACAGAGGCUGGCAAGGGCUGACUGAUGCUGGGUUCUUCUCCUAGGAGCUUCGGCUGGGGCAUCUCCCUGAGAAGCAGCAUGGAGCAGCCUAACAGUAAAGGCUAUAGCCUGGGAAGGACCCCUCAGGGCCCAGAGUGCAGCAGUGCUCCUGCAGUCCAAGCGGGGACCCACAGGAGCCUAGAGUAUAACCCGGGGAAGAUUCUUCCAGGAUCAGACUAUGGGUUGGGAAAUCCUCCAGCCCUUGACCCCAAGCUCCCACAUUUACCCCUGCCCCCGGCCCCACCCACACUCUCAGACUUGGAGCAGCCCCGGAAGUCACCCCUGACAGGCACUGAUAAGAAGUACCCGCUGAUGAAGCAGCGUGGGUUCUACUCCGACAUCCUCAGCCCUGGAACCUUAGAUCAACUUGGGGAAGUAUGUCGUGGCCCCCGAAUGAGCCAGAACCUCCUGCGGCAGGCUGACCUUGACAAGUUCACCCCAAGAGUCGGAACCUUUGAGGUUCCUGAAGACUUCCAGGAGCGCAUGGAGCAGCAGUGCAUCGGGUCCACCACCCAGCUGCUCGCCCAGACUGACUUCCCACUGCAGGCCUAUGAGCCCAAGAUGCAGGUGCCUUUCCAGGUGCUGCCAGGCCAGCGUCCUCGCAAGAUUGAGAUCGAGAGGAGGAAACAACAGUACCUGAGCCUGGACAUUGAGCAGUUGCUGUUCAGCCAGGGCAUCGACUCCAACAAGCUCAUGCCCAGGCACCUGGACCCCCAGCACCCCCAAACCAUCGAGCAGGACCAUGACCCAAUCUUCCCCAUCUACCUCCCACUGAAGGUAUUUGACAACGAGGACUUUGACUGCCGGACUCCCAGAGAGUGGAUCAACAUGGGCUUGAAGCCAGGGUCUCUGGACAGGAAACCUGUCCCGGGAAAAGCCCUCCUGCCCACUGAUGACUUCCUGGGGCAUGAGGACCCCAAGAGUCAGAAGCUGAAGUACAAAUGGUGCAAGGUCGGCGUCCUGGACUACGACAAGGAGAAGAAGCUAUACCUGGUACACAAGACAGACGAGAAAGGCCUGGUGCGAGAUGAGAUGGGGAGGCCCAUCCUGAAUGCAGGGGUCACCACUGAAGGAAGGCCACCCCUUCAGUUCUGUCAGUACUGGGUGCCACGGAUCCAGCUUCUCUUCUGCGCUGAGGACCCUUGCAUGUUCGCACAACGUGUGGUCCAGGCCAACGCCCUGCGCAAGAACACGGAGGCGCUGCUGCUCUACAACUUGUAUGUGGACUGCAUGCCCUCUGACGGCCAGCAUGUCAUCAGUGAACAGAGCCUGAGCAAGAUCAAGCAGUGGGCCCUGAGCACGCCUCGGAUGCGCAAAGGCCCCUCGGUUCUAGAGCACCUCAGCAGUCUUGCCAGAGAAGUGAGCCUGGACUAUGAGCGCAGCAUGAACAAGAUCAACUUUGACCACAUUGUCUCUUCCAAGCCCGAGACCUUCUCCUACGUGACCCUCCCCAAGAAGGAGGAGGAGCAGGUGCCUGAGCGAGGGCUGGUGAGUGUCCCCAAGUACCACUUUUGGGAGCAGAAGGAGGACUUCACUUUCGUGUCCCUGCUAACACGGCCAGAGGUCAUCACGGCCCUCAGCAAGGUGAGGGCCGAGUGCAACAAGGUGACCGCCAUGUCCCUGUUCCACUCGAGCCUCUCCAAGUACAGCCGCCUGGAGGAAUUUGAGCAGAUCCAGUCACAGACCUUCUCCCAGGUGCAGAUGUUCCUCAAGGACAGCUGGAUCAACUCGCUAAAGGUGGCCAUGCGCAGCAGCCUGCGUGACAUGAGCAAGGGCUGGUACAACCUCUACGAGACCAACUGGGAGGUAUACCUCAUGUCCAAGCUGUGCAAGCUGAUGAAGCUGGUGAAGUACAUGCUGCAGGACACACUGCGCUUCCUGGUGCAGGACUCACUUGCCAGCUUCUCACAGUUCAUCAGCGACACCUGUUGCAGCGUGCUCAACUGCACUGAUGACAUGGUCUGGGGUGACGACUUAAUUAACAGCCUCUACAGGCCCCGGAAGAAUCCCCUGUUCAUCGUGGACCUGGUGCUGGACAGCUCUGGGGUGCACUAUAGCACCCCACUGGAGCAGUUUGAGGCAUCUCUGCUGAACCUCUUCGACAAGGGCAUCCUGGCCACCCAUGCCGUGCCCCAGCUGGAGAAGCUGGUGAUGGAGGACAUCUUCAUCAGCGGUGACCCCCUGCUGGAGUCGGUGGGCCUUCAUGAGCCACUGGUGGAGGAGCUACGGGCCACCAUUGCCAGUGCCGUGUCCAAGGCCAUGAUCCCACUGCAGGCCUACGCCAAGGAGUACCGAAAGUACCUGGAGCUGAACAACAAUGACAUUGCCUCCUUUCUCAAAGCCUACCAGACGCAGGGCCUGUUGGCCCAGGAGGUGCGGGAGGUAGUGCUCACCCACCUGCGGGAGAAGGAGAUCCUGGACAGCUCGCUGCCCAGCAGCAUCAUCAUUGGGCCUUUCUACAUCAACACCGACAAUGUCAAGCAGAGCCUGUCCAAGAAACGCAAGGCCCUGGCCACUUCCGUGCUGGACAUCCUUGCCAAGAACCUGCAUAAGGAGGUGGAUAGCAUCUGCGAGGAGUUCCGCAGCAUCAGCCGCAAGAUCUAUGAGAAGCCCAACAGCAUUGAGGAGCUGGCUGAGCUGCGAGAGUGGAUGAAGGGCAUCCCGGAGAGGCUGGUGGGCCUGGAGGAGCGGAUUAUGAAGGUCAUGGAUGACUACCAGGUCAUGGAUGAAUUCCUCUACAACCUCAGCUCGGAUGACUUCAAUGACAAAUGGAUUGCCAGCAACUGGCCUUCUAAGAUCCUUGGGCAGAUAGAGCUGGUGCAGCAGCAGCAUGUGGAGGAUGAGGAGAAGUUCCGCAAAAUCCAGAUCAUGGAUCAGAGCAACUUCCAAGAGAAGCUGGAAGGGCUGCAGCUGGUAGUAGCUGGCUUCUCCAUCCACGUGGAGAUUUCGCGUGCACACGAGAUCGCCAACGAGGUGCGGCGUGUCAAGAAGCAGCUGAAGGACUGCCAGCAGCUGGCCAUGCUCUACAACAACCGCGAACGCAUCUUCAGCUUGCCCAUCACCAAUUAUGACAAGCUCUCCAGGAUGGUGAAGGAGUUCCAACCCUACCUGGACCUUUGGACCACAGCGUCUGACUGGCUGCGCUGGUCGGAGAGCUGGAUGAAUGACCCCCUCUCUGCCAUCGAUGCUGAGCAGCUGGAGAAGAACGUGGUUGAAGCCUUCAAGACCAUGCACAAGUGCGUGAAGCAGUUCAAGGACAUGCCAGCCUGCCAGGAAGUGGCCUUGGACAUCCGGGCCCGCAUCGAGGAGUUCAAACCAUACAUCCCACUGAUCCAGGGGCUGCGCAACCCUGGCAUGCAGAUCCGGCACUGGGAGACACUGUCCAACCAGAUCAACAUCAAUGUCAGGCCCAAGGCCAACCUGACCUUUGCUCGCUGCUUGGAGAUGAACCUGCAGGACCAUAUCGAGAGCAUCAGCAAGGUGGCUGAGGUGGCUGGCAAGGAGUACGCCAUCGAGCAGGCACUGGACAAGAUGGAGAAGGAAUGGUCGACCAUCCUGUUCAAUGUACUGCCCUACAAGGCGACAGACACCUACAUCCUGAAGAGCCCGGACGAGGCCUCGCAGCUGCUGGACGACCACAUCGUCAUGACCCAGAGCAUGUCAUUUUCACCCUACAAGAAGCCCUUUGAGCAGCGCAUCAGCUCCUGGGAGAACAAAUUGAAGCUGACCCAGGAGGUUCUGGAGGAGUGGCUGAACUGUCAGCGGUCCUGGCUCUACCUGGAGCCCAUCUUUAGCUCUGAGGACAUCAACCAGCAGCUGCCUGUGGAGAGCAAGCGCUACCAGACCAUGGAGCGGAUCUGGAAGAAGAUCAUGAAGAAUGCCUACGAGAACCGGGAGGCCCUGCAGGUGAUCAACGUGUGUUCCGACCUGAGAAUGCUAGACAGCCUGCGGGACUGCAACAAGAUUCUGGACCUGGUGCAGAAGGGCCUUAGCGAGUAUCUGGAGACCAAGCGGAGCGCCUUCCCCAGAUUCUACUUCCUGUCAGAUGACGAACUACUAGAGAUCUUGUCGCAGACAAAGGACCCCAUGGCCGUGCAGCCACACCUGCGCAAGUGCUUCGAGAACAUCGCUCGGCUGCUGUUCCAGGAGAACCUGGAGAUCACGCACAUGUACUCAGCCGAGGGGGAGGAGGUACAGUUGUCCUUCUCCAUCUACCCCUCCAGCAAUGUGGAGGACUGGCUGCGGGAGGUGGAGCGCAGCAUGAAGGCCAGUGUGCACGACAUCAUUGAGAAGGCCAUCAGGGCCUACCCCACGAUGCCCAGGACCCAGUGGGUUCUGAACUGGCCUGGCCAGGUGACCAUCGCUGGGUGCCAGACCUACUGGACCAUGGAGGUGGCAGAGGCUCUGGAGGCCAGCAACCUCAGAAGCCAACUGUUCCCCCAGCUCUGCCAGCAGCUCAGUGAUCUGGUGGCCCUUGUGCAGGGGAAGCUGUCCCUCAUGCAGCGGGCAGUGCUGUCAGCACUAAUCGUCAUUGAGGUCCACGCCAAGGACGUGGUGAGCAAGCUAAUCCAGGAGAACGUGGUCAGCGUGAAUGACUUCGAGUGGAUCUCACAGCUGAGGUACUACUGGACAAAUAAUGACCUGUAUAUCCGUGCUGUGAAUGCUGAGUUCAUCUAUGGCUAUGAGUACCUGGGCAACAGUGGGAGGCUGGUGAUCACGCCCCUCACCGACAGGUGCUACCUGACACUGACCGGAGCUCUGCACCUCAAGUUUGGGGGUGCCCCAGCUGGCCCAGCUGGCACAGGCAAAACUGAGACCACCAAAGACCUGGGUAAGGCCUUGGCCAUACAGACCGUUGUGUUCAACUGCUCUGACCAGCUCGACUUCAUGGCCAUGGGCAAGUUCUUCAAGGGCCUGGCCAGUGCUGGGGCCUGGGCCUGCUUCGACGAGUUCAAUCGCAUCGACAUCGAGGUGCUGUCUGUGGUGGCACAGCAGAUCACCACCAUCCAGAAGGCGCAGCAGCAGCGGGUGGAACGCUUCAUGUUUGAGGGUGUGGAGAUCCCACUGGUGCCAUCCUGCGCAGUGUUUAUCACCAUGAACCCGGGCUACGCUGGCCGCACGGAGCUACCUGACAAUCUGAAGGCGCUCUUCCGACCCGUGGCCAUGAUGGUUCCAGAUUACGCCAUGAUCGCUGAGAUCUCCCUCUAUUCCUUUGGCUUUAAUGAGGCUAGUGUGCUGGCUAAGAAGAUCACAACCACCUUCAAGCUGUCUUCUGAGCAGCUCAGCUCCCAGGAUCACUAUGACUUCGGGAUGAGAGCUGUGAAAACUGUGAUCUCGGCUGCUGGGAACCUCAAGCGAGAAAACCCCAGCAUGAAUGAGGAGCUGAUCUGCCUCCGGGCCAUCCGUGAUGUGAACGUGCCCAAGUUCCUGCAGGAGGACCUCAAGCUCUUCUCUGGGAUCGUGUCCGACCUGUUUCCCACCAUCAAGGAGGAGGACACGGACUACGGCAUCCUGGAUGAGGCCAUCCGCGAGGCCUGCAGGAACAGCAACCUCAAGGAUGUGGAGGGCUUCCUGACAAAGUGCAUCCAGCUCUACGAGACCACGGUGGUACGACACGGCCUCAUGCUCGUCGGGCCCACAGGCUCCGGCAAGAGUACUUGUUACAGAGUCCUGGCAGCUGCCAUGACGUCACUGAAAGGGCAGCCAUCCAUCAGUGGUGGCAUGUACGAGGCUGUCAACUACUACGUGCUCAACCCCAAGUCCAUCACGAUGGGCCAGCUGUACGGGGAGUUUGACCUCCUCACCCAUGAGUGGACAGACGGGAUAUUCUCCUCGCUCAUCCGGGCGGGGGCCAUCACCUCCGACACCAACAAGAAGUGGUACAUGUUCGAUGGGCCGGUGGAUGCCAUCUGGAUUGAGAACAUGAACACGGUGCUGGAUGACAACAAGAAGCUGUGCCUCAGCUCUGGGGAGAUCAUCAAGCUCACAGAGGCAAUGACCAUGAUGUUCGAGGUGCAAGACCUGGCGGUGGCUUCACCAGCUACAGUCUCCCGCUGUGGCAUGGUGUACCUGGAGCCCAGCAUCCUGGGGCUCAUGCCCUUCAUCGAGUGCUGGCUGAGGAAGCUGCCUCCCUUGCUGAAGCCCUACGAGGAGCAUUUCAAGGCCCUCUUUGUCAGCUUCCUGGAGGAAUCCAUCUCCUUCGUUCGGUCCUCAGUGAAGGAGGUGAUCGCCUCAACCAACUGCAACCUGACCAUGAGCCUCCUCAAGCUGCUGGACUGCUUCUUCAAGCCCUUUCUGCCUAGAGAGGGCCUCAAGAAAAUACCCUCUGAAAAGCUGAGUCGCAUCGUAGAGUUGAUCGAGCCCUGGUUCAUCUUCUCCCUGAUCUGGAGCGUGGGUGCCACUGGGGACAGCAGUGGCCGCACCAGCUUCAGUCGCUGGCUAAGGCUCAAGAUGGAGAACGAACAGCUGACUCUGCUUUUCCCAGAAGAGGGGCUGGUGUUCGAUUACAGGCUGGAGGACGCGGGCAUCAGUGGCACCAACGACAGUGAGGAUGAAGAGGAGGAAUACAAGCAGGUUGCCUGGGUGAAGUGGAUGGACUCCUCAGCUCCAUUCACCAUGGUACCAGACACCAACUACUGCAACAUCAUUGUGCCCACCAUGGACACCGUGCAGAUGUCCCAUUUACUGGACAUGCUGCUCACCAACAAGAAGCCUGUGCUGUGCAUUGGGCCAACAGGCACGGGGAAGACGCUCACCAUCUCUGACAAGCUCCUCAAGAACCUGGCACUGGAUUACGUCAGCCACUUCCUCACCUUCUCAGCCCGCACUUCAGCCAACCAGACCCAGGACUUCAUUGACAGCAAGCUGGACAAGAGGCGGAAGGGUGUGUUUGGACCACCUCUGGGGCGCAACUUUAUCUUCUUCAUCGAUGACCUGAACAUGCCGGCCCUGGAGACCUACGGUGCACAGCCACCCAUCGAGCUGUUGCGCCAGUGGAUGGACCACGGCGGCUGGUACGACCGCAAGAUCAUUGGUGCCUUCAAGAACCUAGUGGACAUCAACUUUGUCUGUGCCAUGGGCCCCCCGGGUGGAGGCAGGAACACCGUCACCCCGCGGCUGAUGCGUCACUUCAACUACCUGUCUUUCGCUGAGAUGGACGAGGUCAGCAAGAAACGCAUCUUCUCCACCAUCCUGGGCAACUGGAUGGCUGGGGCCCCCCACAUUGCCCACUUCACGGAGCCCCUUGUGGAAGCCACCAUCAUGGUGUAUGCAACCAUCACCUCCCAGCUGCUGCCCACUCCAGCCAAGUCCCACUACACCUUCAACCUGAGGGACCUCUCCAAGGUCUUCCAAGGCAUGCUCAUGGCUGACCUGGCUAAGGUCGAGGACCAAGUGCAGCUGCUGCGACUGUGGUAUCACGAGAACUGCCGCGUGUUCCGGGACCGACUGGUGAAUGAGGAGGACCGCAGCUGGUUCGACCAGCUCCUCAAGCGCUGCAUGGAGCAGUGGGAGGUGACCUUCAACAAGGUCUGCCCCUUCCAGCCCAUUCUUUAUGGGGACUUCAUGUCACCAGGCUCCGACGUCAAGUCCUACGAGCUCAUCACCAGUGAGAGUAAGAUGAUGCAGGUGAUCGAGGAGUACAUAGAGGACUACAACCAGAUCAACACGGCCAAGCUGAAGCUGGUCCUCUUCAUGGACGCCAUGAGCCACAUCUGUCGCAUCAGCCGCACCCUACGCCAGGCGCUGGGCAAUGCACUCCUGCUGGGCAUGGGUGGCAGCGGCCGCAGCUCCCUCACACGGCUCGCCUCGCACAUGGCCGAGUACGAGUGCUUCCAGAUUGAACUAUCCAAGAACUACAGCAUGUCCGAGUGGCGAGAUGAUGUGAAGAAGGUCCUGCUCAAGGCGGGCCUGCAGAACCUACCCAUCACCUUCCUCUUCUCAGACACCCAGAUCAAGAACGAAUCCUUCCUGGAAGAUAUCAACAACAUCCUAAACUCUGGUGACAUUCCCAACCUCUAUACUGCGGACGAGCAGGACCAGAUCGUCAGCACCAUGCGGCCCUAUAUCCAGGAGCAGGGCCUACAGCCCACCAAGGCCAACCUCAUGGCUGCUUACACCGGGCGUGUGCGCAGCAACAUCCACAUGGUGCUGUGCAUGAGCCCCAUCGGAGAGGUCUUCCGAGCUCGUCUGAGGCAGUUUCCCUCCCUGGUCAACUGCUGUACCAUCGACUGGUUUAACGAGUGGCCGGCAGAAGCCCUGAAGUCUGUGGCCACCAUGUUCCUCAAUGAGAUCCCAGAACUGGAAUCCUCCCAGGAAGAAAUCCAAGGACUGAUCCAGGUCUGUGUGUACAUCCACCAGUCGGUGUCCAAGAAGUGCAUCGAGUACCUGGCAGAGCUGACCCGCCACAACUAUGUGACCCCCAAGAGCUACUUGGAGCUGCUUCAUAUUUUCUCCACCCUCAUCGGGCAGAAGAAACUGGAGCUGAAAACUGCCAAGAACCGCAUGAAGAGCGGCCUUGACAAGCUGCUGUGCACUUCUGAGGACGUAGCCAAGAUGCAGGAGGACCUGGAGAGUAUGCACCCCCUGCUGGAGGAGGCUGCCAAGGACAUCAUGCUCACCAUGGAGCAGAUCAAGGUGGAUACGGCCAUCGCCGAGGAGACCCGGAAUUCAGUGCAGACAGAGGAGAUCAAAGCCAAUGAGAAGGCCAAGAAGGCACAAGCUAUUGCUGACGAUGCCCAGAAGGACCUGGACGAGGCGUUGCCAGCCCUGGAUGCGGCUCUGGCCAGCCUGCGCAACCUCAACAAGAACGAUGUGACCGAGGUACGUGCCAUGCAGCGGCCACCCCCGGGUGUGAAACUGGUCAUAGAAGCUGUGUGCAUCAUGAAAGGCAUCAAGCCCAAGAAGGUGCCUGGAGAAAAGCCAGGCACCAAGGUGGAUGACUACUGGGAGCCUGGCAAGGGGCUGCUGCAGGACCCGGGCCGCUUCCUUGAGAGCCUCUUGAAGUUUGACAAGGACAACAUUGGCGAUGUGGUGAUCAAAGCCAUCCAGCCGUACAUCGAUAAUGAAGAGUUCCAGCCAGCCGCCAUUGCCAAGGUGUCCAAGGCUUGCACCUCCAUCUGCCAGUGGGUGCGCGCCAUGCACAAGUACCACUUUGUGGCCAAGGCCGUGGAGCCCAAGCGGCAAGCCCUGCUGGAGGCCCAGGACGACCUGGGGGUGACACAGAGGAUCCUGGAUGAGGCAAAACAGCGCCUUCGUGAGGUGGAGGACGGCAUCGCCACAAUGCAGGCUAAGUACCGGGAAUGCAUUACCAAGAAGGAGGAGCUGGAGCUGAAGUGUGAGCAGUGUGAGCAGCGGCUGGGCCGAGCUGGCAAGCUCAUCAACAGGCUGUCGGAUGAGAAGGUGCGCUGGCAGGAGACGGUGGAGAACCUGCAGUACAUGCUCAACAACAUCUCCGGCGAUGUCCUGGUGGCCGCUGGCUUUGUGGCCUACCUGGGCCCCUUCACGGGCCAGUACCGCACGGUGCUCUACGACAGCUGGGUCAAGCAGCUCAGGAGCCACAAUGUCCCACACACCUCCGAGCCCACGCUAAUCGGGACGCUGGGGAACCCUGUGAAGAUCCGAUCGUGGCAGAUCGCUGGCCUCCCCAACGACACACUGUCAGUGGAGAACGGGGUCAUCAACCAGUUUUCCCAGCGCUGGACCCACUUCAUUGACCCUCAGAGCCAGGCCAACAAAUGGAUCAAGAACAUGGAGAAGGACAAUGGGCUGGAUGUGUUCAAGUUGAGUGACCGCGACUUCCUGCGCAGCAUGGAGAACGCCAUCCGCUUUGGCAAGCCAUGUCUCCUGGAGAACGUGGGCGAGGAGCUAGACCCAGCCCUGGAGCCGGUGCUGCUCAAGCAGACGUACAAGCAGCAGGGAAACACGGUGCUGAAGCUGGGGGACACGGUGAUCCCCUACCAUGAGGACUUCAGGAUGUACAUCACCACCAAGCUGCCCAACCCACAUUACACGCCCGAGAUCUCCACCAAACUCACCCUCAUCAACUUCACCCUGUCGCCCAGUGGCCUAGAGGACCAGCUACUGGGCCAGGUAGUGGCAGAGGAGCGACCCGACCUGGAGGAGGCCAAGAACCAGCUGAUUAUCAGUAAUGCCAAGAUGCGCCAGGAGCUGAAGGACAUUGAGGACCAGAUCCUGUACCGGCUCAGCUCCUCCGAGGGCAACCCUGUAGAUGACAUGGAACUCAUCAAGGUGCUGGAAGCCUCCAAGAUGAAGGCCGCUGAGAUCCAGGCCAAAGUCAGGAUUGCAGAGCAGACGGAGAAGGACAUUGACCUGACGCGCAUGGAGUACAUACCCGUGGCCGUCCGCACCCAGAUCCUCUUCUUCUGUGUGUCCGACCUGGCCAAUGUGGACCCCAUGUACCAGUACUCCCUCGAGUGGUUUCUCAACAUCUUCCUCUCGGGCAUCGCCAACUCAGAGAGAGCAGACAACCUGAAGAAGCGCAUCUCCAACAUCAACCGCUACCUGACCUACAGCCUCUACAGCAACGUCUGCCGCAGCCUCUUCGAGAAGCACAAGCUGAUGUUUGCCUUCCUGCUGUGUGUUCGCAUCAUGAUGAACGAGGGCAAAAUCAACCAGAGUGAGUGGCAAUACCUCCUGUCCGGGGGCUCCAUCUCGAUCAUGACUGAGAAUCCGGCACCGGACUGGCUGUCAGAGCGGGCUUGGCGAGACAUCCUAGCACUCUCGAACCUGCCAACCUUUUCCUCCUUCUCUUCCGACUUCGUGAAGCACCUCUCAGAAUUCCGGGUCAUCUUCGACAGCCUUGAGCCCCACCGGGAGCCUUUGCCUGGCAUCUGGGACCAGUACCUAGACCAGUUCCAGAAGCUGCUAGUCCUCCGCUGCCUGCGUGGGGACAAGGUUACCAACGCCAUGCAGGACUUUGUGGCCACCAACCUGGAGCCACGCUUCAUUGAGCCCCAGGCAACCAAUCUGUCAGUGGUGUUCAAAGACUCCAACUCCACCACACCCCUCAUCUUUGUGCUGUCACCCGGCACAGACCCUGCUGCCGACCUCUACAAGUUUGCCGAAGAAAUGAAGUUCUCCAAAAAGCUCUCUGCCAUCUCCCUGGGCCAGGGGCAGGGCUCUCGGGCAGAAGCCAUGAUGCGCAGCUCCAUAGAGAGGGGCAAAUGGGUCUUCUUCCAGAACUGCCACCUGGCACCAAGCUGGAUGCCAGCCCUAGAACGCCUCAUCGAGCACAUCAACCCCGACAAGGUACACAGGGACUUCCGCCUCUGGCUCACCAGCCUGCCCAGCAACAAGUUCCCAGUGUCCAUCCUGCAGAACGGCUCCAAGAUGACCAUUGAGCCGCCACGCGGUGUCAAGGCCAACCUGCUGAAGUCCUAUAGUAGCCUUGGUGAAGACUUCCUCAACUCCUGCCACAGGGUGAUGGAGUUCAAGUCUCUGCUGCUGUCUCUGUGCUUGUUCCAUGGGAACGCCCUGGAGCGCCGUAAAUUUGGGCCCCUGGGCUUCAACAUCCCCUAUGAGUUCACGGAUGGAGAUCUGCGCAUCUGCAUCAGCCAGCUCAAGAUGUUCCUGGACGAAUAUGAUGACAUCCCGUACAAGGUCCUCAAGUACACGGCAGGGGAGAUCAAUUACGGGGGCCGUGUCACUGAUGACUGGGACCGGCGCUGCAUCAUGAACAUCCUGGAGGACUUCUACAACCCUGACGUGCUCUCCCCUGAGCACAGCUACAGCGCCUCGGGCAUCUACCACCAGAUCCCGCCCACCUACGACCUCCACGGCUACCUCUCCUACAUCAAGAGCCUCCCACUCAAUGAUAUGCCUGAGAUCUUUGGCCUGCAUGACAAUGCCAACAUCACCUUUGCCCAGAACGAGACGUUCGCCCUCCUGGGCACCAUCAUCCAGCUGCAACCCAAAUCAUCUUCUGCAGGCAGCCAGGGCCGGGAGGAGAUAGUGGAGGACAUCACCCGAAACAUUCUGCUCAAGGUGCCUGAGCCUAUCAACUUGCAAUGGGUGAUGGCCAAGUACCCAGUGCUGUAUGAGGAAUCAAUGAACACAGUGCUAGUACAAGAGGUCAUUAGGUACAAUCGGCUGCUGCAGAUGAUCACACAGACACUGCAAGACCUACUCAAGGCACUCAAGGGGCUGGUAGUGAUGUCCUCUCAGCUGGAGCUGAUGGCUGCCAGCCUGUACAACAAUACUGUGCCUGAGCUCUGGAGUGCCAAGGCCUACCCAUCGCUCAAGCCUCUGUCAUCAUGGGUCAUGGACCUGCUGCAACGCCUGGACUUUCUGCAGGCCUGGAUCCAAGAUGGCAUCCCAGCUGUCUUCUGGAUCAGUGGCUUCUUCUUCCCCCAGGCUUUCUUAACAGGCACUCUGCAGAAUUUUGCCCGCAAAUUUGUCAUCUCCAUUGACACCAUCUCCUUUGAUUUCAAGGUGAUGUUUGAGGCACCAACAGAGUUAACACAAAGACCCCAAGUAGGGUGCUAUAUCCAUGGAUUAUUCCUGGAAGGUGCCCGCUGGGAUCCAGAGGCCUUCCAGCUGACAGAGUCUCAGCCCAAGGAGCUGUACACAGAGAUGGCUGUUAUCUGGCUCUUGCCAACACCCAACCGCAAGGCCCAGGACCAGGACUUUUACCUGUGCCCCAUCUACAAGACACUGACUCGUGCUGGUAUGAGGCCUGGGACGGGAGCCUACACUAUGGGCGGGGACCCAGGACUAACCCAGCCCAGCCCAGCCCAGCCCAAGCCAGUCACUUAUCCAGGAACACUAUCAACCACAGGACACUCUACCAACUAUGUCAUUGCUGUGGAGAUCCCCACCCAUCAGCCCCAGCGACACUGGAUAAAGCGUGGUGUGGCCCUCAUCUGUGCCCUGGACUACUAGACUCAGAAGAGCUGGGGCCAUUAAAGCUGAAUUUUCUAAGCAGUCCA